AUUCACCGGUGUUAAUCACAAUGUCGUUUCUGUGGAGAAGCUAGAGACAACCCGGAAAUUCAACUGCAGUAUUUUGAAGCCAUCUUUAUCAGUGAUAUUUACCACGCUAGUUGGAAGUAACGUGAGGUCUCGCUUGCUAACCCUUAAAAAACAGUAGAAGCCAUGAUCAUUCCGGUGCGGUGCUUCACGUGUGGGAAAAUUGUCGGCAACAAGUGGGAGGCUUAUUUGGGUCUGCUCCAGGCUGAAUAUACAGAGGGUGACGCCCUCGAUGCGCUUGGAUUGAAGAGAUACUGCUGUCGAAGAAUGCUGCUGUCUCAUGUGGACCUCAUUGAGAAGCUGUUGAAUUACGCGCCCCUUGAGAAAUAAACACAACCUAACAUGAGACUGUGAAGCACAUUAGUGGUCACGUGGAUGGAUGUACAGCGUCACACAAUGGAUUAUGCCAGUUUGCAAUACCUGUUCCCACAAUUUGUGUUAAUUCUGUGAGUGUGUGUGUUUUUUUUUUUUUUUUAAUAAAAUCUGAAAAUUCCUUGCAAUGUUAUCUUACCAGAAUCAUAACCUCUUAUAUGUUGCAUUGAGAUAGCUUCAACUGACAUCUUUUGUGGGUCGGCCAUAUUGCAAACUAACUUUUAAGUAUUCAUUUAUUGCUGUGAUGUAGCAUAAUUUAGUACACACAUAUUAAAAUGGAGCAGUACUAUGCCGUAAGUCUACAUCUAAACAUCCCUGUCUAACUGCACCCUAAAAUGUUUUUUUGAGCUGUAAACUAAAUGCUAUGACUGAACUGUCAUGAAAUGCAUCAAUGCUGCAAUGUAAAUUACAUUUUUAUAAAAAAGGCAGUUUAUGGGUUGAAAAUGGCUCAAUGUAGCAUCUACUGUUUAAAAUGAUUUCAGCUGAUUGGUAUGUACCAUAUAGUCGAAGACUAGUCAUGAGAUGGGCGGCCCACCUUCCCUUGUUGCCCAGAUCAACUAAUGGCCCUUGGGGUCCGGUUAUGGUGGAAAGUAAAAUGGCUGCCAUGAGGUGUUUUUUGUGAUGCCUCUAUUGUUAAGGUACCCAAACUGUAAAAUGUCUAGCAAGUUUCAUGUUUUUCUGAAAAAUGUAAGUAUAGUAUAAGUAUUUCACAUAUCAGUAGAACUAUUAUAAAGAUCAGCUUUUUUUGACACCCAUGGGUCAUUAGUUGACCUUGGCAACAUGAAAAAUUCUUUAACACCUAAAAUAGCAGGUUACAAAUCAAUGCCAAGCGGGAACCUGCUUCUCCUGUUGGACUACAUGGGUGCGAGGCCCCAACUACCCCCUCCUCAGCCCCCUGCCCACCUUUACAUUGUGCUAUAUUAUGCACUGGGUGGAGUUGCACUUUAAACAGAAAAUAUAACCGCUGGGAAUGAAACUGGCUUAAUGUCACACUCAAUCUUUCAGUGUAUACUUCCAUUCAAAAUGUGAGUUUGUACUACGGAUGUAAUGCAUCACGUGUCUUGUUUAUAUCCCAUUCAUGAAGGGUGGACAGAUGGAAGCAGGUGCCUGCUACUUGAAUAACCGGGCUGAGAGUCUCCUUGUUACAUAAAACAAUUCCAAAAAUUAA